ACCUCCCCAGAGCGGGAAAACAACACCUCUCUCUCUCUACUUUCUCUCUCAUCUGCGCAUCAAAGCAACCCAAAAUGUUUCCUCCAUUGACGAACACCUCUCGCUUCUGUCUCUCUCUCUUUCGCUUUCGGAUUCCGUGGGUUGAGCUCUACUUGCGUCUAGCUUCGCUGUCCAUCUUCGCCUAAGAGCUCCCUCUCUCUCUCUCUCUCUCUCUCUCUCUCUGGCAUCUCUUUCGCGGCGAUUGCUUGCGUACAGCUGAGAAAUCAUGGCGGAUUCGUUCGGAGGGUUCUCCAUACGGGAGUACGCCUUGAAGAUGAGGAGCGAGGACGCCGCGAAAUGCUGGCCGUUCAGUAGCGGCGACCGCGAUGACGCGAUCGCUCGGGAAGUCGCGGAGUCUCUCCUCCCUCCCAUGUCCGUCGCCAAGUCCCGCUGGUGGUCCCGCGAGCUCGAGAUCGCCAGAUCAACCAGUGACGACCUCCACGCGCCCUCCCGGGGCGCCAACGGCGCGCGCGGUUUCGUUUCCACGGGGUCGUCGAGCCUCGGGGAGCCGCGGCCGAGCUCGGGCGAGCCGCCGAGAUCGGAGAUCAUCACUUUCGAUUGCCCGGUCUGUGGCGUCCUGACGGCGGCUACGGUGAACGCCGUGAACGCGCACGUGGACAGUUGUCUCGCUAGGCAGGAGGAGAAGCGGCAGAUGAAGGCGAAGGCCAAGUCGAGAGCGCCGAAGAAGCGCUCUAUUGUCGAGAUCUUCGCCAUGUCGCCGCAGGUCCAGAGGUUUAGCGGCCGCGAGGACUCGACGAUAGCUGAAGACGAGGAGGAGGACGAGGAGGAACAAGAACGAGAAGACGAGUCUCGCCAUAAAGCGACCGAUGCUGUGAAUUUGAGGAAGAAGAAGGUGAAGAAAAAGAAGAACACUGUGUGGCCUCGCGUGUCAGCCGUGGGGAAAAUCCAUAAGAAGAAGAAGAAGAACAAGAACAAGAAGGCGAAGAAGAAGAAGAAGAAGGCGUUGAAGAAGAUCAGUGGAAAUGGGUCAAUUAACAAGGAGAGUAGUCCAAAGCUUAGGCGGAAAAUUGCAUCCCAUUUGAGCAGAAAUGUGAAUUGUUUAUGGAACAAGAAGAAUAAAAAUGACAUACUAGAUGCUGCAAGCAUAAAUAAGGAAAAGCCCAGUCUCAACUCUUUAUCUUCACCAAAGAAGCAUAAGGCUAUGGAACCAUGUAAGUCUAUUGCCAAGCGCCAGAAACCAGAAUGUCCUGUUCGUGGCAUUCUCAAAAAACGUGCAAGAUCUUAUUCUGGGCAAGAUUCUACAGUCUGUAACAGACAGAGCAGUGCCCACGUAAAUUCUCAGACUGCACUAGUUGAAAAGCAUGUGAGGUUCUUGAUUAAGGAUGAUAAGUCCGGGACCCAAGCAAAAUCAAAUCUUCAGGCCAGUCUUCAACAAUCCGGCGGGCAUGCAGGUUACACAGAUGAGGACCAUGGUCAAUUGAUUGGAAGAGGAGGAGAUCUGGUCCAAGUAAUUGGAGCUGGGGACAACCUCUCUGAUAGUGGGAAAGAUGGAACUGAGGAUCAAGCCAUUACUCGAAAAGGACAAUUGCCAGAUACCUGUCAUCAUAUUGAUAUAAGAAGUCAUGUGAGGCCCCAAGCUAGUUGUCAGCAUAUUGUGAAUCUGUCAGAAGAAUCUAAUUCGCCAAGUCAAAUUACAAGGGUUUCCCAUGAACAUUUCAAAAUGUAUGGUCAGAUGAAGUUGGCUGUGGAUGACAGCCCCCAAAAUGUGGACUACCGUGCUUUCCAAGGGGCAGUGAAUGGAAGGGCUGCAUCAUGCUCAAAUGUUAGUGUAGCCAGUAGUGCAUUUAGGCCUGAAAAUUCUGGUACAGAGUUGAUGAAAUGCUUUCUUGGUGCCAACCAUGAUUUUUGUGGAAAGAAACCCAUCGCAAUGGCUGUUACAAGAUCGUCUUCAUCUUGUUUUGCGAUCAACGGAAGUUUGAGUGGGAGGCUUUCCAUGUCAUCAGUGUCUUCAGUGGAGGAUGCAGCUGACUAUGCUGUACUUAAACAACCAUUAUGUUCUCUUCCUCCGAGGAAUUUGAGCGGUAACUUGACUCACUUGCCUGAGUGGAGCGAAAGAAUUGUUUCCUUAACUGGAAAAUCUAUGGAUGAGGAUUUUUUGGGCUUACCACUCAAUUCACAUGGUGAGCUGAUUCAGCUGAACUCAAGUGGUUCUAUGCAUACCCAGGUAAAGAAGUGGGACAUGGUACCUGGUUCCUCAAAUUUCUUGCCUAAUGAAAGUCUGAUCCAAUCAAGAAAUAUGGGAGACCAUUCAAGAUUGAAAGAGAAUUGUUUUGUAGAAAGAGCGCGCAAAAAGAUCAGCUGAACUUGUUUCCCAUGGAAAAUUUUUCUGUAGAGAACUCAAGGUUGAGCUUGCUGUCCAACCAAGGUGGCUUGGAAUCUCAAGACACAACCAGAGCUGAUGUUUUCUGGCAAAACUUUGAAAGGCGUAGCAGUUCGGCUUACCCGCUUGAUGCAGACAUAAACCAGAAAAACAUCCCUGUUAAUGCUUGCAGACAGUAUGACCUGUUUGAGACCCAAAAAGGGAAGGGGGUGAUUUACUUCAAGGAAAAUGCAGAUCAUGUGUUGCCAACUACCACCCCAGUGACGAUGCGGCUGAUGGGAAAAGAUGUCGCUGUUGGUAGAAGCAGCAGGGAGACACAUGGAUCCGAGGAUGGGAAAAUUUGGACUGAUAAACAAAUCAUAAUAGAGCAUCAACCUUCAAGUAGUCUGAAAAACAGUUUCUCGGAGAAUAAUCCUUUCUUACAUGACUGGUCUGCAUAUUCAGCUCCGCGAAAACCAAAAGGAACUCUACACCCCUCAUUUGAAAGUCAAAACGCAUUUCAUCUCAGAUCUCCCCAAAAAGCUCCUGAAUCCUUAGUUUCCAAUCCCUGCAUUGGCUGGCAAAGUGAGGUAGUACUUCCAGAUGGCAAAGUUUCAGCACAAAGAAAUCCCUAUUUAGAACACCGACCUUUUACUCACCAUCCUUAUUCUCCUUUGGUUUUCCAAUUGACUAACCAUCCUGAGCCCUUUAUGGUUGGAGCUGAAACAUUAAGAGCAGACUCUCAACUAGCUUCACGAUCCGUUUCUCAUCAGAGCUGUCAACAGAUGAAUAGGGGUCCAGAGCUCAAAAACCAGCAGAGUCUCCCUCAUCCUAAAACAUCAGCUCCGACUGUUCCUUUUCUAAGUCCAGAUUUCAGAGAACAAAAGCAAAUAGCACAGCAGUGGCAGUUACCAAGCUCCCAUAAGGAACUACCUCGGUUUACUUUCAGUCGUCCAGCCGCAGAAUCUAGAGAGCCUACACCGUCGCAAUUGAAGAGCUUCUCUAAGGAUCUAUCCCUGUGGAGACCAAUACCGAAUGCAUCAGAGCGGGGAAGUGCCCCAAGUCCUCAGUAUCAAUCAUUUUGUGAUGGAGGCAGCAUUCAUCAUUCCUAUGGUACACCUGCAAACAACUUUUUCCCAACUCCACAUAUGCAUUAUCCACCAGUUACUUCUUUUCCCUACAAUACCAUGGCUUCACAAGUGGACAAUCCUCUGGUUGUGUCACCUGUAGCUUGCCCACGCCCGCCAUUUGUGCCUGUGCUCCCACGGAGUAAACCGACUUCUGCUGUUAGCAUGAGCUAUAGAAACGGAACUGAUUUAGGAGGUGGCACUAGGUCAAAUUCUUUCGGUGUCAAAAUUCCUGGUUUUUGUAAGAAAACCAAGAAGAGGCCUGCCGUCGGAGUGGAUGAUCUCCAGAAGCAUGGUAAGCCAAACUUAAAACUGCAAAGGCAUGGAGUGGGACUACCAAUAUCGAGAGAGAAUCCAUCACUCAAGCUGGACUCAAACGGGGAAAGAGCAAGCAGCACGGUAUGUCUUCAGGAUGGGAUUCAGAAGGAUGGGUUUGUGAGUUUGCUUGGCGGUCAAUCGUUUAAACUGACUGAAGCUGCCAAACCAGGUCCAACGAAACUGAGCGCUGGAGCAAAGCACAUUCUGAAACCGAAUAAGAAUGUGGACGAUGAUAACUCCAUGCCCAUUCAUUCAACAAUCCCUUUUGCCGGAAUCACUAUGGUUCCAGAAUCUCAAGUGAAGUCAGCAAAGAUAUAUGAGUUCUAGCGGACGAGGUUCUACACCGACAGUAUAUGAAGGCCGUGCUUCAUAAUUGCUAAUUCUCCUGUUCCAGGCAAUUGCUGUUCGGUGAUCGAGGAUGAACGGCUGCUAUUAUUACCCUUCAGUGGGUGACCUCCCCGAUCUCCGGCUGAUUUUUGGGAAGCAUUUUGGGGUCGUGUGAAAGCCAAUUCGACAGGUUGGUUAAUUAUUCCUUUAGUUUCUCUAAUGUGAUCGCAGCAAGUGUUUUUGGUGCCGAGUUAAUUUAAUUCUGCAACUCUAAAUUUCUGUGUCUGUAAGUUUUGGAUUGUUUCCUCGAGUGCUUGAAUUCUGGAAGAACUCGUGUUUGCCACCAGAGUUAAGAUGAAGUACGAACCUUGUAUUUACGAUUGCUUUUACUGGGUUUUGUC